CCUUUUAGAGGCUUCACAACUGUGGAUGCCAGUCCCAGGGCAGUGCCUUGUUAAAGUUACUGUGUGGGGAAAAAAAACGACCCGUGGGAAGGCUAAAGGGGAACACACAAGGUGUAUGUGCCGGGUGGAAGUGCCUCCUCUGGACGCGAGUCUCCAUGGCAUUGCUCAGCGGGUCGGAAAAGAGAGUCGACACAUAUUGAUGACAGGGCACCAUGGAUGAUGGGGUGGUCUUGAAGAAGCGGGGCUAUACACUGGGCGUCAACCUGGGAGAGGGCUCGUACGCCAAGGUCAAGUCUGCCUACUCGGAACGCCUCAAGGCCAACGUGGCGGUCAAAAUCAUCGACAGAAAGAAGGCGCCCGCCGACUUUCUGGAGAAGUUCCUGCCCAGGGAGUUGGAGAUUCUGGCCAUGCUCAACCACCGCUACAUCGUCAAGACCUUCGAGAUCUUCGAGACGUCCGACGGGAAGGUCUACAUCAUCAUGGAGCUGGGCGUGCAGGGUGACCUGUUGGAGUUCAUCAAGACCAGGGGAGCGCUGCCGGAGGAGGUGUCGCGCAAGAUGUUCCGGCAGCUGGCACUCGCCGUCAAGCACUGCCACGAACUCGACGUGGUCCACCGGGAUCUCAAGUGCGAGAACCUGCUCCUGGACAAGGACUUCAACGUCAAGCUCUCCGACUUCGGCUUCGCCAAGAGGUGCAGCACGGACGACCAGGGGAGACCUUUGCUCAGCAAAACCUUCUGCGGCUCAGCCGCGUACGCUGCCCCCGAGGUGCUGCAGGGGAUCCCGUACCAACCCAAAGUCUACGACAUUUGGAGCCUCGGGGUGAUCCUCUUCAUCAUGGUGUGCGGCUCCAUGCCGUACGACGACUCCAACAUCAAGAGGAUGCUGAGGAUACAGAAGGAGCACAGGGUGGACUUCCCUCGGUCGAAGGUCGUGCCCGCAGAUUGCAAAGAGCUGAUCUACCGCAUGCUCCACCCGGACACCAGCAAGCGUCUCACCAUCGACGAGGUCUUGGAGCACCCCUGGCUCUUCUCCCCCAAGUCGAAAGAGGGCUCCAAAAAAGCCGACACGUCCUCGGAGAAGCACCACAAGAAGGACGACAAGCACGACGCCAAGAGCGAGCAGAAGAAGGACCAGAAAUACGGCUGGGAGAUCGAGCAGGGGGGACACGAGUGGGUGGACAUGAAACACGAGGCCAAGCACGAGUGGAUGAACAUGAAGCGGGACAGGGCGGACGGCAAACAGGAAGUCCAGGACGACCAGGCCCAGCCCGACAACAAGGACGGGGAGAGGACGGACGAGUCGAUGCACAAGCCCAAGGGAGGGGCGGCGAAACCCGACAAGGACGGGAGCAAGCAGCCGCUGCAGCAGGACAAGUCCAGGACGGAGCCCGAAAUGAGCGGCAAAUUGAUGGAGCCCAGGAUGGAGAAGAAAGCCAGCCGGAGAAGGUCGAGGAGCCUGAGGCUGAACAACGACGACCACCCCGACGACAGCGAGGUUUACCCGGACCAGGAGAACUUCUUGGAUGCGCAGAGCAAAGCCGAGCUGAAGAAAGUGAGUUCGAAAAGGUCAAAGUCGAAUGAAAAGAAGGGCAAACAUUCCAGCAAAUCCCGUGGCUAGAUGCAAGGGCUCGACAUUGUCAGCGUGUACGGCAACGAAGGACAAAUGAUCAGGCCACCCGAAUCACUGCAAUCUGUUUUUUCUGCUUACAUAAAAAAUCUAAUAAAGAAACAGGAAGAACGUGAUACGGAUGUCAGGGGUUAUAGAGUCGUCAUAGAGUGAUACAGCGUGGAAACAGGCCCUUCGGCCCACCGUGCCCACACCGGCCAACGUGUCCCAGCUACACCAGUCCCACCUGCCUGCGCUUGGUCCAUACCCCUCCAAACCUGUCCUAUCCAUGUACCUGUCUAAAUGUUUCUUAAACAUUGGGAUAGUCCCAGCCUCAACUACCUCCUCUGGCAGCUUGUUCCAUACACCCACCACCUUAGGUGGGAGAGAUAGAUCAGCCAGGAUUGAAUGGGCAGGAUGGGCCAAAUGGCCUAGUUCUGCCCCUACAACUUAUUAAUUGAAUGAUAUUUUGAAAAAUGGGAUUGGGUACAGCAACGUGAGAGUCAGAAUGAUCUUGUGGGAUCGCAAACACUGCACUGUCCUUCGCUCCAUAGAUGCUGCUGCACCCGCUGGGUUUUUCCAGCAUUUUUGUGUACCUUCGAUUUUUCAGCAUCUGCAGUUCCUUCUUAAACACUGAACUGUCUCUCCAACUCCCACUACACAUUGGACUCGGCUUCCCACAUAGCUUACAUUUUCAAAGGUAGACGUGCUAUUCUCUUGCUUUUUAAACCAUCUCCUUCUCCUGAGCAGAACUGUCCAAGGCAACACUUGUUCACAUUUACCCUGCUUCGCUCCAUUCCAUUUCUCCCACUUCACUUCCGGCUUGCCUGUGAUCCUCACGGAAUAAUCUAUAGCCUAGUUUUUCUUUUCCUGGACUUGGAUCCCAGAGGCAACCAGACCACAAGAUGAGGUCACAGCAGGAGGCCAUACAGCCUUAUUAAGAGCCCGCUCUCCCAUUUAAUAGGAGCACAGUCGAUUUAACAUUCCUCAAGUCCACUUUCCUUCCCUUUCUGUCUCCCUCAUGAUUAAAAUCUCUCUAUCUCACCCUUAAAUGAACACAAGGAUUCUGCCUCCAAACAGCUCCCUGUGGCAAGUAGUUACAAAGAUUCAAUAGCCCUUAGAAUUCAUCCUGAUUUUAGUCUUAAAUGUGACUAAGACUAGUUGUUCUAACCCUGUCUAGCCCCUAAGAAUCUAAUAUGUUUCAAUAUGAUUUUGUGUCAUUUUUCUAAAUUCCACUGAGUAUUGUCAUUCCUGUUUAAUAUUUCUUCUUGGGUCAAUUCCUCCCUCAGUUCAUAAGUACUAGGAGCAGAAUUUGGCCAUUCCGCACAUCAAGUCUACUCCGCCAUUCAAUCAUGACAUUUCCAGUCAACCCCAUUCUCUUGCCUUCUCCCCAUAACCCCCGACACCCUUACUAAUCAAGAAUGUUUCGAUCUGCACCUUAAAAAUACCCAUUGACUUGGCCUCCACAGUUGUCUGUGACAAUGAAUUCCACUCAGUGGCACGAUCCUCCUACUGAACUUCUGAAACUUGCCUCGAA